AAAAAUAAAUAAAUAAUCUGAAAAGAGGAAAAACCAAAAAAAGCAGCAAAUCUUUGGGAACGACCAUUUCACUAUAACAUCUUUUUUCUGCAAUUCUUGUCUUGUCUCUAUAAAUAUUUGAUCUCCAGACCAAUCUCUCCCUCAAACAUUUCCUCAUCACUUCUCCUUUCCUCUCUGAUUUCUUGCUUCGAGUUUUGAUCUAUACGUAUAGUUAUCUCUCUCUAUCUCUCUCGCUCUCGUUCUCUAUCUCGUUUCUAGGCAGUGUCAAUUUCACCACUUGUGUGUAAGCGGAUAUAGAAUCUGAGAGGAAUCUUCAAAGAUUCUCCCUUUGCUUCUUCUUUUUUACACCGUUUCUAUUAAUGUUCGAGACACUUGCUUCCGGCGAAAUCGAAACUGCCAGAUUGAGCCGUAAUUUGGGGAUUACGUCCAAUUUAGGGUUUUCCUGCGGUGGAUUUGAAGACUUUGCUAUGAGAUUUGAAGGGGAAAACAUGGUGCCACUCAAAGCUGAAGAGGAGGAAGAAGACGAAGAUGUUGUGGUCACCGAAACGACGGCGUUUCAGUUGCAACAACCGUUGUUUCUUCAGCAGCAGCAGCAGAAACUCGUUGUUGGGUAUGCUCUGACUUCGAAGAAGAAGAAGAGUUUCUUGCAGCCCAAGCUUGAACUUCUUGCUAGAAGAAAAGGCAUUUUCUUUGUCGCCAUCGAUUUGAACCGGCCCCUAUCUGAACAAGGACCAUUUGAUGUCGUUUUGCAUAAGUUGCUGGGAAAAGAGUGGGAAGAGGUUAUUGAGGAUUACCAACAAAAACAUCCAGAAGUGACUGUGCUUGAUCCUCCAAGAUCAAUACAGCGUAUAUAUAAUCGACAGUCGAUGCUUCAGGGUAUGGCAGAUUUGAAACUGUCAGAUUGCAGUGGCAGCCUUUUUGUUCCAAAGCAAAUGGUCGUCUUGAAAGAUUCAGCAGCUAGUGCUGAUGAAGUUGUGGAAGCUGGUCUUAAAUUUCCACUAGUUGCAAAGCCGCUCUGGAUCGAUGGAACUGCAAAGUCACAUCAAUUGUACUUAGCUUAUGACAGGCGGUCGCUUGCAGAACUCGAUCCCCCUUUAGUCCUUCAAGAGUUUGUUAAUCAUGGUGGAGUUAUGUUCAAGGUUUUUGUGGUGGGUGAUAUUAUAAAAGUCAUGAGACGGUUUUCUCUACCAAAUGUGAGUAAGUGUGAAAAAGCCAAAGUUGAUGGCGUCUUUCAAUUCCCAAGGGUUUCAUCAGCUGCUGCUUCAGCAGACAAUGCAGAUUUGGACCCUCGUGUUGCUGAGCUACCUCCAAAGCCCUUCCUCGAGGCGCUGGUGAAAGAGCUAAGAAGCUUAUUGGGACUUCGUCUUUUCAACAUAGACAUGAUCAGGGAACAUGGGAGCAAAAACGUGUUUUAUGUUAUUGACAUCAACUAUUUUCCUGGUUACGGAAAGAUGCCAGAUUACGAGCAAGUCUUUGUAGAUUUCUUCCAAAAUCUGGCGCAAGUCAAAUAUAAGAAGAGACAACUUUGUAAAUGAAAGGCAGUUGUUAGAUGUUCUUAAUGAGCCACAAAUAAUAAAUGUCUAAUUAUGGAUUUGUACAGAAUUAGCCUCUCCCUUUUGGAAGCAGUAUCAGAUGAACAAGUUUUGCUUACUGAUUUUGAGUUUUAAAUAAAAUAAACGUUUCUUCA